CUCGUCUGAAAAACUCGGGAUCUGUCGCUCGACUGUCGAUUACUCCAGCCUGAUGCAGGCCAGUGCAGUCGAGUAGGAGAUGGGUUUGCACAGGCUGGAAAGAUGGCAUCUUCAGAGCAAGCUGACCAGCAGUCACAGACAGGCUCUUCUCAGGUCAAAGAGGAUGCUCUUCCCAGAGAACAACUGAUUGCUACAGCCAUUAAGUUUUUACAGAACCAAAAAGUACGUCAAAGCCCCCUGGCCACAAGGAGAGCCUUCCUGAAGAAGAAAGGUCUGACAGAUGAGGAAGUGGACCUGGCUCUCCAGCGUUCAGGCAGUACCGAAGAGCCCCUCCCUGUGGCCCCUGCCAGCCCCCAGCACCUGCUGCAUCCUCCUCACUUGGCCCCCGUGCAGUACAAUGCUGCGAGCUCCAGGUGGCGGGACUAUGGCGCUCUGGCCAUCAUCAUGGCGGGGAUGGCCUUUGGUUUCCACCAGCUCUACCAGAAAUAUAUCCUUCCUCUCAUUAUGGGCAGCAAAGAGGACAAGAAGCAUCUGCAGAGAAUCGAGACCAGCAUUUCGGAGAUGAGUGGCACGUUGACACAGACAGUCACGCAGUUGCAGAUCACUCUGGCCUCAGUGCAAGAGCUUCUGGUGCAGCAGCAGCAGAAGAUACAGGAGCUGUCGCAGGAGCUCGCUGCCUCAGAGCAGGCAUCUUCUGCAGCCGACCGAAUGCUUGAGUCACAGUCCAUAAACGAGCUGAAAGCCGAGAUUGUGUCCUUGAAAGGGCUUCUCCUAAGCAGGAGGCAGUUCCCCGCGUCUCCCUCGGCUCCCAAAAUCCCGUCCUGGCAGAUCCCGCUGAAGCCGGCCACGCUGAGCAGCUCCCCCUCGGUCAACCACAACAACAGCAGCAGCGACAUCUCCCCCGUCAGCAACGAGUCGGCCUCCUCCUCGCCCGUCAAGGAGGGCCACAGCCCCGCGGGCGCCCCGGCGGGGGGCCAGGCCCUGGCCGGCGAGGGGCCGCUGGCCGGCCAGCUGCCCCUGGACGUGAAGGGGCAGGUGCGCAUGGAGGUGCAGGGGGAGGAGGAGAGGAAGGAGGAGGAGGAGGAGGACGACGAGGAUGACGACGACGUGAGCCACGUGGACGAAGAGGAGCCCCUCCCCGUGCAGACGGAGGACCGGCGAGGGGGGGACGGACAGAUCAACGAGCACGUGGACAAGCUGCGGCGCCCGGAGGGGGCCAGCAACGAGAGCGAAGUGGACUGAGUGCCGCGCUUCCCCUCCCCGAAUCGCUUUUUGUCCUCUGCCAUUACGACACCUCUGAUUCUAUGAUUUCUCUGUAUGAUAUAAUAUGCAUCUUGGCAGGCUGGAAACAUGCGUGACUGCAGGUCCUGGACCGGGGGUCUGCAGUGUCCUGUACAAUAUGUGGCUUGAUUUUCAGUUUUCGUCACGCAGAUUGGUGCAACAUUAUUGCAUGGCUGGGCCAGUAGGUUUUUCUUUGUGGAUCUUCUCAGAGCACAGGAUGACUACACUACAGCGCAGAGUCUGGCCCUUUUAUUUUUUCCCUGCUUACGCUCGACACAGAGUUCUGCAAAACAGACCGACAUGAAAAACCAGUAACUGUUGUGAAUGACAUUACACGGAACAUAGUGACUAUAGACUACAUUAAUGCAUAACCAAAUUGUUAGGGUAAUCUUGUAGUUUGACUUUUUGUUUUCUUUCAAACAGGGGGCUUCAGUGAGUAAUUUUGGACACCAAAGAGGUAGAAUAUCGACAACCCUGUCCAAUGCACUUUAACACCAGGUCACAGACUAGGUGACCAAUGUUUCUGUGCUUAUUUAAAAGCUGUUUUUUGUGCAACCAAGUCAGCUAUCUCAGUAAGUGAGAUUUAUUAAUUUAAGUUUAUUUCAUAGCCUGUCCCUGCUGGACAAACCACCUGGCACCCCACAGACGUACCAGGAAGAAAAGUGUGGUAUUGUGCUAGCUUCAUCAGGCGCUUAGGAAACUCCUGAACGUUACGAUUAUUUCUAACAUUCACUAAAAUAGAAACUUGGAUUAGUUUCAUAAUCACUUGGUUUCAGUCAAGGAAUAUACGGUUACAAAGGACAGAGCCACAAACCCUGGAGGAAGGUGAGGUUUUUUCCUUAGCCUUCUGUUUUGUUCUGUAUGUGCGCAGUAAAUCAGUACGUUUCAGGCUGGUGCAUUUGCUCAGUUUCAGGUGGCAUUGCUGAUUCGUGUAUGAAGUGUGUUAAUAAUCUAAUGAUCAACAAAUAACAAAUGCUUUAGUUCAUGCAACACGAAAUGUCAGGGAGGCUAAAAAUCUGAAAUCUAAUACUGAAAGCCUGUUAUAUUACAUGACAGACCCUCCAGUCCAAAUUAUAUUGCCCGCCUACUGUGAAUGAUCUUAGCAUGCACCACCGUUUUUGUCGUUAAACUGUAGUACAAUGGAUUCACAAGCAGCAAUUAGGGCUUCUGCCUUAAACUGGGACUUACCUAUGAAAAUCAUGGGGGCAGGAGAAAAGAGAAUGAAGACAGUCUGCAGUGUGAGUGCCGAGUAAUGUAUGAAUUUUUCACUAAUGAAAUUACUCAUUCACCCAGCUGACAAGAAGAUCCUUCAAGUGAGAAGUACAGUAUCUGUUCUGCUAUUAACAAAUCGUUUUCAUGGAAAAAGCUGGAGGAGGCUGGGUAAAAUACUUUGAGGCAUUAAGAGGGAAGAGUCUGCUGCAGCAACAUUUGUUUCCUUUUUUAAAACAAGUGCUAACCUGUAUUUUGUUCCGGAAACUGUUUCUUGCCUUUCUGCUCAGUCAACCCACUGAGUAAUUUAGAGACAUGACACUUUCUUUUUUUAAAAACAAUUGUGUAAAGGGUGAUGAGUAAUCUUGAAAAAAAAAGAGCAGAAUAAGAUGUACAAUCCCAGAAGCCAGGUCCCUGUCUAUGAGUGUGUGGCUGACAUAUGUGUCCAGCUGUUGCCAGAGUUCACCUGUCACACAGUAAAGCACAACAGUGAGAUAGUGACUGAUAUGAACCUGCCUGGAUAGCGUUCACAGGCUUCUUGAAAAAUAAACCUUGCAGAGGAGCUGUUCGUUGACAUUCAAACGUUAGCACAAAUUUGUUACCAGCUUAAAAAUGCAAUGCUUGCUGGAGAUUUUAAAUGUACGGUUUUCCUUUUUUACAACUCUGCGUUUCUCUUUGCAGUAUGAUUUCUAACCGAAAGCUGUCAGCUGGUAAUUGUGACUAUGUAUAACUGCUGAUAUCAAAAGAAAAUGUAUAUAAUUGUAAUAAAUCUGGUUUAACACAAUACACCACA